UUGGGAUUGCAGAGAUGCCUCGCCUUCUACUUGUGGCAGUUUUUGUGAUCUUCUUGGCUCUCCCUGCAGUUUCAGACAAGCAUGGUGCCAGUCCUUUUGUAAAGAGGGCUGUGGAGAAAGCCAUUCGCGCAGUAGAUGCAGCAUAUAAGUAUUCCAGAGAAGUGAACCUGGCCAAGCUCCAGUCGGUUUCUGUGAAGGCCUCUGACAGGCUGUCGUUUCUCAAGCGCCCUGCCCGGGACACGCGCACUGCAGUACGUGCUGCAGAGUACAUGGAAAAUGCACUGAGAAUCAUCCAGGAGAGAGCCCACCACAUCCACAAGCGCUCACUCAAUGCGACAGAUCUGCUGACAGAUGAUGACUUGAACACUCUUGUCAGGCUGACGGGCUGCGCCGCAAGGACCAGGUCCCCAUCCUGCUUCACCACCCCCCUGGUGGACAAGUACAGAACCAUCACUGCCGUCUGCAACAACAAAAAGAACCCUCGCCUAGGGUCUUCCAACACCCCAUUUGCGCGAUGGUUGCCUCCAGAGUAUGAAAACGGGUUAUUCACACCCCGUGGCUGGGACCCCACAAAGCUCGUUAAUGGACGACUCCUGCCCUUGGUCCGUGAAGUCUCCAACAAGAUUCUGAGCACUCACAACGAGGAUGUGGAGCAUGACACGGUGUACACUCAUCUUCUUGUCAUAUUCGGCCAGUGGACAGACCAUGACCUGACAUUCACACCCAUGUCCCCCAGUAUCCGCUCCUUCAGUAAUGGCAUCAACUGUGAUGCCAGCUGUGAUCAGGCCAGUCCUUGCUUUCCCAUCCGGAUCCCAUCUAAUGACACACGAAUUCAGGACAGAUCUGCCUGCAUCCCCUUCUUCCGCUCAGCUCCAGCCUGUGGCACUGGUGACAAUGGGUACGCGUUCGGAGCCCCCAAUGUCCGCCAGCAGAUAAAUGCUCUCACUGCCUUCCUGGAUGUGGGCCAAGUGUAUGGCUCAGAGGAAAGCUUAGCAAAGACCCUGCGCAACCUCACCAAUGACCUGGGCCUGCUUGCUGUCAACCAGGAGUUCACUGACAAUGGGCGGGAGCUCCUCCCCUUCAAGACAAUGUCCAUCAACAUGUGUGCCACCAGGAGGAAAGUCACUCAGAACAACAGCCUGCAGGAGAUCCCUUGUUUCGUAGCAGGUGAUGUGCGAGUGGAUGAGAAUAUCGGCCUGACGUCUGUCCACACGCUAUUUGUCCGGGAACACAACCGCCUGGCGCGGGCCCUCUCCAAACUCAACCCACACUGGAGUGGAGAGGAAAUCUACCAGGUGGCCCGGAAAAUCAUGGGGGGUUAUCACCAGGUCAUGACCCUCCGGGACUUUCUACCACAUAUUGUUGGUCCAGACACAAUGGCUAGACUCCUGCCUGCAUACACUGGCUAUGACGAAGGCAUAGAUGCCAGUAUUGCCAAUGUCUUUGCCACAGCUGCAUUCCGCUUUGCCCACCUCAUGCUACAGCCUUUCAUGUUCCGGCUGGAUGAGAAUUACAAAGAGCAUCCACAGUUUCCCAGCGUCCUGCUGCACAAUGCCAUGUUCACACCCUGGAGGGUGGUGUUCGAAGGAGGAAUUGAUCCACUUAUCCGGGGUCUAGCUGGCCGCCCAGCCAAACUCAACACCCAGGAGCACAUGAUGCACGACGAACUGAGAGAGAGGCUCUUCCAGCUCACCAGCAGACUGGCCCUGGACUUGGGGUCUCUCAACAUGCAGCGUGGGAGGGACCAUGGCCUGCCUGGGUACAAUGCUUGGAGGAGAUUUUGCGGCCUUUCAGACCCCAAGAAUGCAAAACAGCUUGCUGGUGUGCUUAAUAACAAGGACCUAGCAGACCGACUCCUUGAGCUGUAUGGGACGCCCGAGAACAUUGAUGUCUGGCUGGGCGGCGUCUCAGAGCCCUUCGUCAAAGGGGGCCGUGUGGGGCCACUUUUCGCCUGCCUCAUCGGCACACAGUUCCAGAAGAUCCGAAAUGGUGAUAGGCUCUGGUGGGAGAGGCCGGAGGUUUUCACCAGGAGGCAGCAGGAAUCCCUGAGCCGCGUCUCCAUGGCUCGUAUCAUCUGUGACAACACGGGGAUCCGGGACGUCCCGCAGGACCCCUUCCUGUACCAGCCUCGUGGAUCAGGCUACACCAGAUGCUCCGAAAUCCCCAAAUUUGACCUCUCACCCUGGAAAGUGGCAGUAACCGCUGCAUAAAAAAUGUCAAUCUGACACAGCAAGACCAGGACAACCAGCUUGUAGCCAGGAAGCAACAAAUGGGAAUCUGUGAGAUCCUGCAGUGGAGCCUAUUGAUCUCCUUUCACCUUGCCCUUUUUGACAAAGUUUUUUUUAAUUGUCAUUUAAUUCAUUUUGCACUGAAGCACAUUGUUAAUCUAAAUGACACACCUCUACACUGAGGUACUGAGCACCACAUUUUAAGGGGAAGGGAGACUUUAUUUUGCAGAGAAUUGACUAUGAUCUGUAAUACAUUUCCGAGGUGAUGGGUUUAAAAAAUUAUUCAAAUGAAAGACUUUGAUUAGUGUAAAUACUAUUCAGGGAAUCAUGUUUUACAUACUAUAAAACAGCUGGAAACUCAGCCUUCUCAUUGCAGAGUUUUAAUGAAAUUUCAUUUUUUAACAAGUACUUAUAAAUGAUGACUUCUUAUCUUCAUAAAGGUCUUUUUCUGAUUCAAAACAUCCCUUGGUAACUGAUUUAGAUGAUUCCUCUGACUGGGUGCUCUACAAUCUGUGGUCUGAAGUCUGUCAUGAAUGAGAACAUCUUUGUCUUUGUAUUUAUCAGGAAUUGUAAUGUGAUUUAAUUAGAGUAAGGUGGUUAUGUGGGAUUUCUUCCAAAACAGUGUUCCUAUUUAUUGUUUUGGUCAGUCAGACAACAGUAACCAAAGAAAAACUUUCCUUAGGAUAGAAAACAUACAAAAAUUAAGCUUCCGAGGUGUACUGUUACAUUCCUACUAUAAAAUUCCUAAUAAUGGUUUUCUAGUGUCCAAAUGAAAUAUGUACCACAAGGAAUUCUGAAGGGUUUGGAAACAGAAGCUAAAAAGCCAACCACCCCAGCACUGCCAGCUUCCCUUUUACAAAGUACUUCCUGUAACUGAUCCUUAACACUCUUCAGGUUUGUCCUGGAGGGGUGUGAGGCUGCAGGUCUUAACACACUGUUUGGAUCAUUUCCAGUCUACAGUACAGCUGGAAUCCAAGUAGGUUUAUUCUAGCAUUUAGGCUUUGUUAACUGUAUGAAAGAAUAAACAUUUCAAACAUACAUAUUUGAAUCGCACAUACAGUAUCACAUUAUAUUCUUUGUAAUAUGUUAGAAACUCUUGAGGGCCAUUACAUUUUUACGUUGUGGAACAUGAUGAUAUGUUAUUUAAAAAAUGUUUACUGUCUUUCUGGUAGUGCAAUGCUUUGUUUUACUACGCUGAUUCAUGUUUUUGAUUUAUUUAAUGUUUAAA